AUGACAGUAUCCGGUGAAGAUAUCAAAUCAACUAUCAAAUCAAUUGAAUUGGAUGAUUCUCAAGCUGAAAAACUUGCUAAAUUAGUAGCAUCAAUUCCAGAUAUUCUUUCCAAAGUGGACAAUCCAGAAUAUGAUGAAAUUUUUGGCUAUAGAAUAAAUACUGCUGACAAACCACAUGUUAAUGAACCAAUUCGUAAUGAAAUUUUAUUGAAAUUUUUAAUUACAAGUGAAUACGAUGUGGAAGUAGCUAUUGAAAAAAUUAUCAAAACAUUGAAUUGGAGAAACGAGUUUCAACCAUUAAGCGCUGCUUUUUAUGAAACAUUUGAUGAACAAUUGAAUGAAAUGGGUGUUAUUACUUAUUUCCCAAAUUCUAAAUUGCAUUUAACUGCAUGGAGUAUUUAUGGAAAUUUAAAAAAUCCAAAAAAGAUUUUUGAAACAGAAGAUAAAGUUGAUUUACCAGGUACUCAAUUUAUAAGAUGGAGAAUUGGAUUAAUGGAAAAAUCUUUACAACUUCUUGAUUUCACAAGUAAAGAUAAUAAUAAAGUUGCACAAAUUCAUGAUUAUAAUAAAGUAUCAUUUUUAAGAAUUGAUUCUGGAAUAAAGAAGUCAACAAACGAAAUUGUUGCUAUUUUUGGUGAUAAUUAUCCUGAAUUAUCAGGUACCAAAUUUUUCAUCAAUGUUCCUUUACUUUUAGGAGGUUCUUUUAGAUUUUUCAAAUCUAUUGGUAUGAUUGGUAAACAAACUUUAAACAAGUUCCAAGUAUUAAAUAAUGGUAAUAUGCUGGGAGUCUUCAAUAAAAGUGAGUUGCCAAAAACUUAUGGUGGUGAAUUAGAUGCCGCUUUGUCGGAUCUUAAUGUUGUGCCGCUGAUCAAGUUGACUGACUACGGUGCAAUUAUGUUGAACAGAAAACCAUAA